UAAAGUGUUUGCCUGUUGAAUGACCUCAUAGCAACGGUCUGUGAGACAUAUAUAUAAUAUCAAUUACAAAUAUCCUUAGUAUCCGGCGACUUCUCGGUGCAAAUGGAAUCUCAGUUUGAUUUAUAUACUCUUGGCAUUCACGAUUGGUGUGUAUUAACUGUAUUAUUCUUACAAGAUUGUAAACUUUUACGUAGCAUUGCAUUUUAAUUGAUUGCAUCUUAAUAUACAUAUGUAGACAUUUUUUUAAUAUAAAAAAAAAAUAAAUAUGAUAUUCCAAAAGCUUUUAACAAAUGGCAAAAUAAUGAUAAUCGCUACAAUAGUACUUUGUACUAUUGUAACUAUUAAUACUGAAAAUGACGAUGUUAUCAGUAUCAAAAAUUAUACUACUAUCAAUACCGGAAAUGACACUGGAGUUUAUUUCCCGGAUUCUAUACCACUAAUACCAUUGCAUUAUGAUGCCAAUAUAAGAUUUAAUUACGAAACAAAUGACAUUUUGGUGAAUGUAAUAUAACUAUAUAUAUUAAUCGUCAAACGGAAAACAUAUCUAUGCAUCCAGUGAUCUUUGCUAUAUUUAAAAUUAAUUUGUAUAAAGAUCUUGAUAGUGAAACAAUUUAUAUUCCAAAUUAUUCAUUUAUUCAUAAUCAGAGCAUGCUUACGAUUGAUUUUACCAAUAUGCCAGAAUUACCAAAAAUUUUUAACACCUGGAAGAUACACUCUAAUAAUAGCAUAUAUGCGUCACAUAAAUAAUGACAAGAAAUACAUCUCUGCAUUAUCAUUUUUUAAUGAAACUUCGAAUAAUAUGUUAAAUGCGACAGGUAUUGAUGUAAUGACUGCUCAACAACUAUUCCCAUGCUGGGACAAGAUAGCAUUUAAUGCCACCUAUAAAAUUUCCAUCAAGCAUCAUAAAAAUUACACAGCUUUAUCAAAUAUGCCUAUACGAACAACAGAAAAUGACAAACUUGAAUAUGACAUGAUGUGGACACAUUUUGAGAAUUCAUCUUCAAUAUUUAUCGAACAUGUAAAGGUUGUAAUAACUUCAUUCACUAGAAUUCAUACUUUGGUUGUAAGCGAAACGUUUGUCACAUUUUGGGGUAGAAAAACCAUUAUAGGCUAUUUACAUUUAGCGAAAAGAAUUGCUCAACAAGUUCUAUACUUUUUGAAACGUGAAAAAAUUAUAGACAAAUUACCAAAAAUAGACUAUGUUGCAUUUUGGGAUGAUCAACAUAAUACCACUGAGACAUGGGGACUAAUUUUACACAGAGAAGCUGAUAUUAUUCAUGACGAAAACUUAGAUCCCAUUAAGUAUAAAUUGAAAGUGUCAUACUUAAUAACAUAUCAAAUAGUAUCUCUUUGGUAUAGUGAUGUGUUGCUGUGGUCGAAAACAGGUUUUAUUAGAUGGCUUGCAACGUAUAUUUUAUCUCAGAUUUUUCCGGAUUAUGAAAUAAUGAAUUUAUUUAUCAUUGAAACACAAUGGGAAUCUUUUCUCUUUGAUACUCCUUCUAAUGCAAACAAAACGAAUUCACUUAGUUAUCAUGUAGAUCAUCUAAAAUCAUCCAAUAUAUGGCACAUAUUAUACCAGUUUAAUGCUUAUGUGUUUUGGACUGGUAUCCGCACAUAUGUUAAUAGCAAACAAUAUAAUCAAACAAAUGAUAUAUGGCACAUUGUACAAAUUGUUUUACAUACGUAUCUAGAUAGUUCACACAAACAUUUUAUAAAUGAUCUUAUAUCUGUCUGGGUAGCGGGAAAAUAUUAUCCUGUACUACACGUGACACGAUAUAAUUUUAAUAACACGACAAUAUUACCCACAUUCAAUUUCGAUGUUAUUUACGAGGAUACAAAACAUCUUUCAGCAUUCGUGACAUAUACGACAAAAUCAAUCAUGAACUUUCAAGACAUUUAUCCCAAUAAUUCCUUAUGGAUAAUAGCACCAGAAAUCAAAUCAAUAUGGAAAGAGUUGAAUAUAGAUGAUUGGAUUAUAGUCAAUUUACGAAAAACAGGAUAUUAUCGUGUUAAUUAUGAUACUGAAAAUUGGCGUAUACUUGCGCAAUACAUGAAUUCUACGAAAUAUAUCAACAUACAUGUUCUUAAUCGGGCCCAAAUCAUAGAUGAUGCAUUUUACUUCCUCAUACAUAAACAACUUGAUUAUGUUACGUUCUGGAACAUUUCUGAAUUUUUGUCACGAGAAACGAAUUAUGUGGUAUGGUAUCCUAUGUUUAAAGCUUUUGAACAAAUGACUGUUAUGAUUUCAAUUAAAAAUGCUGACAACGUAAUGGAAAAGAUGGAAAAAUUAUUGAGUGGAGUUCUGUAUCGAAUAAAAUACGAACCACAACCACAUGAAAACGUUCUCAUCAAAUGUUUAAGAGAGGAAGCCGUAAAAUGGGCAUGUAUUAUUGGUAACAAAGAAUGCAGACAAGUAGCCAAUAUGCAAAUGACAAGAGAUCUAUAUUCUGAAAGUGCCACUUUUAUAACGCCAUCAUGGGAAGCAUGGAUGUAUUGCAAUGGUUUAGCAUCAGCGAACAAUACCAUUUGGUACAAUGUAUUUAAGAAAUGGACGGAGACAUAUAAACAUACAAUUUUAGAAUACUUAACUUGCUGUACAGAUCCUACACUUAUACAAGUUUAUUUGAGCGCAUUGAAAAACGAGUUUUUCAAAAAAAUAGAUCGCAAUAAGCAUGUUCAAAUAUAUCUUCUUAUUAUUGCGAAGCAUGCAGAAAACGAUAUAGCGUUCAAUUUUGUAUUGCAACAUCUCAAUACUCAUAUAUAUAUGUAUUCAACUUCCAACACGCAAUCUUAUCAAAUUGCAAUAUUUAUUAUUAUUAUUACGCACCAAGAUAAUGUAAAACAAUUUAAAAGGGUGCGUCAAUUCGCGAAAGUUCUUUUAAGAAAAAAACGACUACUUAAUGCUGUUAAAGAAAAAAUAAAAAAACGAAUAGACGAACAUAGAAGACAAGUUAGAACAUAUGGGCUCAUCGGUCUAUUAAAAAAAAAUUAAUUAUUCCUUCUAAUACUGCAAAUUUUUGUUACAGCAGAUAUUUGCCAUUUUUGAUUCACAAUAAAUUAUAAAAAAUUAUUUGAUAACUAUAAAUGCUUUAUACCCAGCAAGAAAUGACUCUUCGAAUUGAUGUCGAGUCGACAUCAAUACGAUGCAAUAUCGAUGAUUUCAACGUCAGACAUCAAUUUGACGUCGAUUGAUAGGUCAUUUCUCGCUGGGAUAGUGAAAAAAGAAUUGGCUCCGAAUUACCUACAAAAUAUGUCUAGGAAUGUAAUGUAAUUUGCAACAAAAUAAUUUUU